CAUCCCAUCUGAUUCUGCUUGCGAAAAAGCCCCACCGCGAUUUACCAGUCUAAAUUUUAGCAAGAGCCGUGCGUGGACGGCCGCCGAGACAAGUGGCCUUUGUCGUCUGUCCUUCAACGGAUUGGGCAUCUCGCCGGAGUACGAUUUACAUCUGGUGGCCACAAUCGACUCGCUCUUCUCCGAGAUCAACAAAGCCGCCGCGAAUCUUCCAUCUGCACGACCAUGAUCACAAUCGGACGUGUGUUGUGCCGAGUGGGGUCUCGACGGCAGCAGCGGGCGCUCGCUUUGAGGUGUGCGCUUCCUUCCGCCGAGAGACGGGUGCUGUUGACCUUUAGUGCGCCUGCCAGGGUCGCCAACGACCCCAGGGCGUUCGCCACUCAAGCCCAGAUUCCGCCUGCGAUCGAAUACGAAGACAACAAGAUUCUUCCUGCUUUCAAACUUGCUUCCGACUACAGUGACCGCGUCGCCCUGCAUGAUCAGCAUGGCGAGUACACUUACCGCGGUCUUUUGCUCAGCAGCAACCAGUUGGCCAGCGAGAUCAGAAACAAACUUGGCACUAAUGAAACCGGACUUCGAAUCGCCUUCCUUUGCCCCAACAACGCUUCCUACGUGAUCGCGCAAUGGGCCACUUGGAUUGGAGGACACACAGCUGUUCCGCUGUACCACUCGCACCCUGUGCCGAUGCUGCAGUACUUCAUCGACGACAGCGACUCGGCUCUUCUGGUGACCACAAAGGAAUUCGCAGACAUAGGCAAAGAACUUUCAGAGCUGACGGGUCGGCCGUACUUCGUGAUGGACGAAUCCCUGCGCCAACUGGCCAUGAAGCAGAAGGACUUCAUUCCACCCCUUCACCUCUGCGACACAAUCGUGGACCAUCCCUUGGGAGGCGCAGAGCAAGAACUGGUCACUGGCCAGCCAGACGAUUAUUACGCAGAGAGCGAUGCCAUGAUGGUCUAUACAAGUGGAACUACUGGAAAACCAAAAGGGGUGGUACUUACACACAGCAACCUGCACCAUCAAGUUUCCUCGUUGUGCAAGGCCUGGGAAAUUACAAGCAAGGAUGUAAUCCUGCACACCCUUCCUCUUCAUCACAUGCACGGAAUUAUGAAUGCCCUUCUCUGCCCUCUCUAUGUUGGCGCAAAAUGCAUCAUGAUGCCGCAGUACGAUACCUCUGUGGUUUGGAAGCACUUGCUGGCGAUCAAAGUUCCUGCCAAGGACAGAGUCAAUGUCUUCAUGGCAGUUCCGACUAUUUACUUGAAACUGCUGAAGGAGUAUGACGACAUCUUUGCGAAGAACGAGCGCAUGAAGGAGUACAUCAAGGCUGCGUGCAAAAAGAACAUGCGGCUGAUGAUCAGCGGCUCGGCCUCGUUGCCGGUGCCUGUUUUCGAAAGAUGGGAGGAAGUGACUGGACACAGACUGCUCGAAAGAUACGGAAUGAGCGAGAUUGGAAUGGCCCUAUCCAAUCCACUCAAAGGCGAACGGCGGCCUGGCUUUGUUGGUUAUCCACUCCCACACGUGCACGCCAGGAUCGCUCAGUUCACACCAAAUCAAACUGAAUACAAAACUCUAGCUGAGGGCAAUUCGUACUCCACACGAAUCACCCAACCAGGACAAACAGAGGUUGAAGGAGAAUUGUUGAUUAAAGGACCGACAGUUUUCCGUUGUUACUUUAACAAGCCAAAAGCGACUGCCAAGGAAUUCACUCCGGACGGAUGGUUCAAAACCGGGGAUACGGCAAGCUACACUGAAGGCAAAGGAUUCAAAAUCAUAGGCAGGACGUCUGUGGACAUCAUCAAGACUGGAGGAUACAAAGUUGGAGCUUUGGACGUAGAAACAAACCUCCUGUCGCACCCACACAUUGCUGACUGUGCUGUGGUCGGGGUUCCUGAUAUUACUUGGGGUCAAAAAAUUGCAGCAGUUGUAGUUCCAAAAGAGGGCAAGGAAAUCAUCCUGUCUGAAUUGCGUGAGUGGGCAAAAAGCCACAUGGCACCGUACAGCAUUCCGACCCUCCUGAAAUGUGUCGACAAACUUCCCAAGAAUGCCAUGGGCAAAGUGAACAAGAAGGAAUUAGUUCACGAGAUGUUCCCUGCUCCCAAAUAAGUUCAUUUAUUUCCUCGCAUCUCCAUUUUUCCUUUGCAGGAAAACACAAUGUAUGGACCGGUAUGGACAUUGAUUGUACAUAAACUUUGCUUCAACAUGACUUACAUUCCUACACUUUCCGAGGAUUGUAAGUUGGUCGAGAUAAUUAUGUUAAUUUUGUGACCAUCGCACAUUUUAAAUUAUUGCAAGCAAGGCACAUCUGGAAAUCUAAGGAGCAAAACGUGUAGGUUGUCUUGCUCGUUUUGCCAAUCCACUUGCUCCGCAUUUAUUUUGGCCAUUAAGCUUCUAAAUUAUUUGCACCCCACAAGCUUCAUAUCAAAUUCAUGCAAAAACUUCUAAAUGGCUUUGAUACAUCCCAAGUUCUGAUUUCCUUGUGCCAAUCGUCUUGUCUGUGUCAAGAGAGGCAUAAUUCGGAAAACCCAAUUGUUAAGGCAAGUCAUGCGACAAGACUGCUGAUGUGAUCGAAACUGCAAUAGUUGUAAGAUAUGCAGUAGAUAAUUAAUAAAUGACUAAAUAUUAAUGUGUAUUUGUUAAGGUUGAGCCUGUAAGUAGUGAAUAUGAUUUUACCAAUAAAAAGCGCAAACUUGACUUGCAUUAA